AUGUCCGAAUUGACCGGCGACACACUUUCCCCUCUGUCUUCCCAGGAUCGCCUGGCCAAAACAGCCGCCGCUGUUUCGACUUCACCGCUGGCCGGUCCUCACCCGUACAUUCUAGCCUCUCGCAAGCAGCAGAACCCCUCGGUGCUACAGGCUGGCCUAAUUCCUCGAGACUACCUGAGCAGGCUCUCCAGCUCAAGGUCAACUUCGGGCCCACCAUCCAGGGUUUCAGAAGAAAAUAAUCUAUACGGGCAGAUACCAGCAACAACUAAUGAGUCGGGGAAAGGGUCGGCCGAAUAUACAGCAGAGGACGGGACUCUCUUGACGCGUGAGCAGCGCAACAACAGCGGUGGUGCGCGAGCUGAACCAGACGCUGCGCCCAGCCACAGAAAAUCAAACAUCAUAUCCCGCUCGCAGACUCAAAAGGACCAAGGGCCCAACUCAUUAUCAGAUUCGCCGAAGUCUUACGGCUCGCUGACGUCCAACACCAGCGGGCAGCAACCCGACAACAUGCCGCGGACGUCGUCGAUCGAUUCCGCCAUCUCCAGCAUCUCAAAUCCCUCGCAACUGGGAAGAAGUGCAGGCGAGGGCAAAGAACCGACGCGAGAGGAGGUCCUCACCCUCAUUGCUACGGCUGGUUCGGCAGAGAAUCUGAUACAGCACCUCCUGAGGGACAAGAAUCAUGCCGCUGCUCAGAAUGCGCAGUUGUGGAAACUCGUGGACAAGCAGCGCGCACUCUUAAUAGGCCUGAACAAGGACUUGGAGCGGCUAACAAAGGAAAGAGAUCGGUACAGGAAGAAAGUGAAAGAGGCCCAGGCUCAACCUCCAGCUGCACAAGUCGACCGCCUACGGACGGAAGGAGGAUACUCACCCCAAUCUGAUGGGGAGCCUUCGGGUACAUUCCAGGGGCCGACGUCGGUGGCAGGGUCAGGUCUGAAGCUGAGGCAAGAUGCGCAGACUCCCAGCAAGACUGCCGAGACCGAUGUCAAUGUGCAGAGCUCGCCAGUCGACCCUGCCAUGCUGCCAUCACCUCUCCAUUUACAACAACAGGCGCCUAAGGUGCAGAGCCUUGCAACACAUCUCGCCCAACCCAGCUUUGCGAUUACCGAACCAACUCCGCUUUCAGAGAAGCCUUCCAAGUCGUUCCAGGCUUCCAGAAAGGCACCACCAAGACCACUGGAUCUCCGUCCGGCGAAGGAUGAAGCACACGAUCAUCAGAUUGUUGUACCAGCCGAGGUAGUAGUGAGUGGAGACGAAGACGAGGACAAAGUGCCUAUUCAGCGAGGUCGGCGGAAGACUCGAGAAGAAGAUGAUCGAGACCGAGAGCUGCUUGCACUCAAGGAGCAAGAGGCAAGGAGUCGGUCGAAGAGAGACAAAAAGACAAAGGCAGACGAAGCAGAUGUGACCACAGUUGAGCAGCUGCCUCUUCCACCCGCUGCUGCCGAAGUCACCCAGACUUUACCUCCGCGUCAAGAUCACCUGUCGCCGUCAUCCGUCACAUCAGGUUCUGUGGCUUCAUCCACUCAACCUCUACGAAGCCCCGGUCUUCCCAUGAGCCCUCGGCCGUUGAUCGGAUCUGCACUACCCAUGUCUCCACGUCUACAUGGUGGUAACUUCCCUCUUUCUCCCCGUGCGCCGAAGAUGCCUCUUCCGAUGCCAACAACUCCUGGCACUCAGGCACCUGCUCCACAGCACCAGUCACAAGCAGGUGCUUCCGAGGCACAGAAGAAGGUCGGUCCUUCAACACUAUCUAAGAUGAACACCACUGCAAGCGCCGAGUCAGAUCGCAGCCAGGUUCACGAGUCGCCUUUGAGCCCUGGCGAGGCACCAGCAGUCAGCCGCAGACUUGCCGAUCCUAGCUGGCCGGACCUCCUAUUACCUCCAAAUGCCCUGCCCUCCAUCCAGGUCAAGGUAGCCUCUUCUCGCCUACGACCCUCCAGAAACAGCAUGCUUGGGCUGAGGACCCAGGAAGAGAAUGCAUCAUUCAGCCUGUCAGUUUUCGAACGUGCAACCUCAUCCGAACUCUGGCGGGUUGAAAAGUAUCCGAGCUCGCUUGCAAAUCUCGAACAACAGCUGAGGCCCCGGUGUGGGGAUUUGCCAAAACUGCCCGACCGCAAAUUCUUCGUGGGUCACGCCCCAGCAAUGGUUGACGCGCGAAGAAGUUCGAUCGACGCCUACUUCGACGAUCUCCUGGACACUCCCAUGGACGAGAAAGCCGCCGCAAUCAUUUGCCGAUUCCUCUCGACGGAGGUCAUGGAGCCGCAAGCCACUCUGCCUUCGCAGAAUCGUGAAGACGCACAGCCGAAACCCAGUCAAGAAUUCCACUCAGGUAUUCCCACCAAAUCGGGCUACCUGACCAAAAAGGGCAAGAAUUUCGGAGGAUGGAAGUCGCGAUACUUCGUCCUGGACAGCCCAGAAUUGCGAUAUUUUGAAGCUCCUGGCGGUGCGCACCUCGGGACCAUUAAGCUGCUCCAUGCCCGCAUCGGCCGGCAGACGCAAUCUGACCCAGCAGUACAUGCAGAGGUCGAAUCCGAGAACCAGUUUCGUCAUGCCUUUCUCAUCCUUGAGCCCAAACGCAAAGACCUGAACAGCCAUGUUCGCCACGUGCUUUGUGCCGAGAGCGAUGCAGAGCGGGACGAGUGGGUAGAAACGUUACUGCACUACAUCGAUGAGAAGCCGGUCGAUCCUAAGUCACAGUAUGGAGCUGGCAUCCAGGCAUCACAAACGAAAGAGGCUAGGAACGGUCCAAAGCUCGGAUAUGAGGAGGGUGAGUCGCGAUCCAACGGCAGCCCGCAGACGCAUAUGGACACACCGUCUCCGUCCAAUGCCUCCAGCCACACUCCAGAGCUUUUUCCAGAGCCAAUACCGGCCUCCAAGCCUUUCAAUAUCUCGGGUCCCAUGAACGGCUCGGUGAUCUCAGAUGCUGGGAGCUGGGGCAACAAGUCCACAGGGAGCAGCAAUAGCAAAGAGCGAGAGCAAAAGAAGCGCAAUCUCUUCCAUUUCAGGAGACCUUCGUAUGAACAACUGGCCCCUGUGCAACCAGCCCAGCCCAAGCGUCCCGAGCUCAAUGCCCAUCGGGGCGGGCACGUCCGGCCAGUGUUUGGGAUGCAGUUACAAGAGGCGGUAGAGUACUACUCACCAGUGGACGUUGAUGUCUAUCUUCCUGCCGUGGUGUACCGCUGUAUCGAAUUUCUCCGGGCCAAGAAUGCUACAAAUGAGGAAGGCCUGUUCCGACUGAGCGGAUCAAACAUCGUCAUUCGCCUGUUGAAGGAUCGCUUCAACAUGGAAGGUGAUGUCGAUCUGCUGACGGAGGACGAGGAUUACGACAUCAACGCCGUUGCCUCGCUGCUGAAGACGUAUCUCCGAGAACUGCCCUCGACCAUCCUCACCCGGGAGUUGCAUCUCGAGUUUCUCAAGGGCCUGGAAUUAGCGGACAAGCCACAAAAGAUAUCCACAUUCAACACUUUGGUGCACCAAUUGCCAUCGGCCAAUUUCUCCCUCUUGCGGACCCUCUCACAGUAUCUGCUCGAGGUGGUCCAAAAUGCCGAACGAAACAAAAUGACAAUUAAGAAUGUGGGCAUUGUGUUCUCGCCCACGCUCAAUAUUCCAGCACCGUUAUUUGCCAUGUUCCUGACAGAUUUCGAUGCAAUCUUCGAUAAGCCUGUCGAGCGGGACUCAGUCCGGUCGAUCGACGUGGAGCGUGAGGAGGGCACUCUUACUCCCGAAGACAUUCGAUCUCCCCGUCGACAGAUGUUUAGCGACUUACCGACGCCGAUGUAUAAUCAAGACAGCUUUGCUCAGAACGCAAGGGUUGCGCCCAAUGCCAAAGCAGUCGGGAGGCCGUCCGAUCACCCGCUUGACCCCGCCACGGAUCUCGGCUUCGCACCGAUACAGUCAUCGUACGAGUCCCGACAGUAUGUCUCGAUCCCGCAUGAGAUGCCCAUGGCACCGCCGAGAUACCCACCUCCGCAGCCUCCGCAACAGCAAGGAGGAACUACUCAAUACGGAGGGUCGAACAACAUGUUGGCCCCCGACAAUGCGACCACCACUAAGGCCAGGCGCCGUGAGAGCUCGAUGUUGUUCUUGUAA